GAAAUCUAAAUUCUGAAAUACAGGAGAGAGAAGAGCCAGUUCAAGGAUGAAGAGCUCUGCUUUUGUGCUGCUGUUGCUGUGCUGUUACUUGUCCAAUGGGCAAACUCAAUUUUUUGUUACAAUCCCUAGCCAACAAGAUGACCAGCAAGACACCCAGUCUGUUCUUAGUGCGCUGGCAGAGCUGAAAGAUGAGCUGAGAAACACAAAGACUGAAAUGAAAAGCAUGGAAACCAGACUGAGUGUCAGUGAAAGUCAAGUGGAGGAGCUGAAGAAAACACUUGAGGAGCAGAAACAACUAAAAGAAGGAAUGAAAGUGGCAUUUUCAGCUUCUUUUCAUAGACCUGGAGGGGGCAAAAUUGGGCCUUUUGACGUUGAAAUUAGGCUGGUGUUUGACAACAUCAUCACAAAUAUUGGCAAUGCUUAUAACCCAGUAACAGGAGCCUUUACUGCACCAGUUAGAGGUGUCUACCAGUUUGAUCUUCACAUCCACGGAGAAGGAAGUGAUUCAACGCCAACAGCAGUAGACUUGCUCAAGAACAGCAUGUUCAUUAUUGUUGCACAUGGCCAUCAGCCCGAUCAUCGUGUUAGCACCUCGAAUGGAGUCUUACUGUUGUUGGAGGUGGGAGAUAUAAUCACCUUGAAAAUGCCAUCUAGAAGAAGUGUAUACGGCGAUGUUUAUCGCGUCACCACCUUCAGUGGUCACCUGCUCUUCCUAAUGUAAAGGUUGCACACCUGGGCCUGUAUUACAGAAACUUCUUAAGUCUGAAAUCUGAGCUGCUUGGUCUCCAUGGCGACUUCAGUCUGGACUGAAUUUAGUUCAGUAUCUAUUCCAGAAUAACAGUUCCUACCUUCAUAAUCUCAUCAUGAACUCCAGAUAAGAAAACAGCAUCACACAAACAUCCUAACUAGACUAAACCUCCUAAAUCCUGUCCUAACUUUAGGAUGAACCCCAACAGGGUCCUCACUUCUGUUUAAGGUCCGUUUCUAUGGUUUUUAGGCAGCUGUGUCAGCAGCAUAGUUCACUAGCAGCAUAAUGAGCUCCAUUUAUUUCUACUGUAAAACGGAUUAAACAUUGAAAGUGUAAUCAGUAACCUGUUAUACUGAAUGUGAUUUGUUGGUGUUGCAAUAAAAACCUAGUGGUAACAAAA